AAACACAGUCAGUUUUGGCAGCUGCUCGUGAAAGCAUCGAAAAAUAUUGCGAAUUCCCUUGCACUACUUUAAAUUAUUAUUUUUUGCAAAUUUAAAUACGAGCAUUAUACUUAUAUAUUGAUUUUGAAUACUACAAUGAAAGUCCACAUAGCCUUAAUUUUGCUGUUGAGUGCAGUAGUAGUCAGAGCGCGUAGUUUUGGAGGAUAUAAAUGCAAGGAAUAUCCCAUAGAAAGCCGUGAUUCAUUUACACCGCUACCGCUGCGGACUGUACGAGUAUGCGAAGUAAUACAGAAUGGGGUGCGGCCGACCCGUUUCCAAAUGGCAUCGGAGGCUGAAGAUUUAGUGAAGCCUUUGUUACCUUCGAAUACCUUGUAUGGCACAGGCGCUAUUUGGCCCCGACAAGUGUUUCAACACACACCGAUAAGUUGGCCCUUACAAUCACAUUCGUACAACAACGCCAAAGAACAAUUUAUUCCAACCCAUAUGCGAUUGAUUUCGCCAUCAACUCAUAGUUUUCAGACCUUCAAUCAAAUCGGAUUGAAUUCAAACAAUCCUUGGAGCAAUAACAACGAACAGAACCCGCGUAAUAUGAUGGACGUAGAUCGCUCUCUUCAACAACAACUGAAUUCGCUUGUUGAAAAUGUUUCCGAAGUAAAGGAUUCCAUCACCCAUCUAGUACCAUAUCUCAAAAAUAUUCUAGAUAUUUUGGUGCUACAAAGCACACAAGUGAAAAGCGAGGAAAAUUUAAAUGUAAACUUAAAACUAGAUCAUUCUCUUGAAGGUUUACUGAGACAGUUCCUUCAGCUGACAGAGUCGAGCACAGAAAUGGAAGAAGAGCAAAUUGGUAAUAAAAUUUUAGCAGGCAUAGAUGACGAAAAAGUUACAACAGAAGAUAGUUCAGAAGAAAAGACUACAGAAGUGCCGAACAUUUUUUUGGCUAGCUCUACUGAACAGGAUACCAGAGAAGAUAGUGAAGAGGCCCAUAUUGUUGCCGGCAAAACUUCAUUGGAGAGCGUAGACAGUUGGAUACGUAGACGUUUCGGACCAUCUGUAAAGCCGGGUUCAGGUGAGGAAGAAAUAGAUAAGACAAGCGAAGAAGAAAAUUCCGCAGAAAAAUCUGACGAAAGCUUUGAAACAUGGUUCAAUUACGUUUACCGUAGCUUUCUAAAAGAGAAGGAUUACAACCUAAAAGCGAGCAGCCAUAACGCCCAUGAAGGCGGAGAAAAUGUACAAAACCAAAGCAGGGAAAAUUCUAAGGAAGAUAGCGAAGAAAAUGGGUAUGAGGAUGCGGUUAGUAAGUCAUCAAAAAAUAGUAAAGAAAUUGGUGAAUAUCCUGUUAAUAAUAAUAAUGAUAAUAAUUUAAACUAUGAGACUAUUUUCAUCCCAAAAGCGGCACAAGAAGACAAAAAAUCUGAAUACCUGGAAAAUGGCGAUCGAUAUGAUUAUACAGCGGAGAGUAAUAAAAUCGUUAAUUAUGUAAAGCCUGAUAUCAAGGCUAGUAACUGCAUUCAAAUGGCACUCUCGAUUGCCACUUUCGAUGACAGAGAAUUAUUUAAUAAAUAUAAUAAAUGUGUGAAAGAUUUACUUGACCGUAAUAAUGUAAACCAAGUCAGCGAAACGAAGUUUGAAGACCACUUAGGUUCUACUGGAUCAAAGGAAAGCGGAGAAGUCGAGAAAACAACCUCAAAUUCGAAUGAAUCGAAGGACAGUAGGGAAAUCGAAUCAACCACCAGGGAUUCGAAUGAAUCAAAAGAAAGCGGGGAAAUCGAGUCAACUACGCCAAAUUCGAAUGAGUCUGAGGAUAGCGAUGAAUACUACGUAUAAUACCCGUAAUGAAAUAAAUAUUUUACAUGAAAAAUUAGUUCGAUACACAUAUUUUGAAGUUGUAAUAAAAUAGAUAUUUGGUAACUAAAAUA